UUUUUCAACGAUUUGAUUGAUUGUCAUUUAAUUGCUUAAAAUGUGAGAACAAUUUGUAAUCAACUGAUUAUUAUUUAAUGUAGACAAUGAUUUACGAUUACAUUUAAGUUUAUUAUUAUUAUUUGUUCGUGUAAAUAAUGAGAGGAUUGAUGAUCCAAUCAAGUAGCCGCCAAGAAAGCUAAAUUAAAAUCUACAUCUGUAAUUCAUCAAGGGUUCGAUUUGCUGAAGGAGUUGCUAUUAAUGAGUCUCCUUUAUAUUGUCAACCGCAUUUGAAUCAGAUGUACCUAUCAUGCCAUCAUGAAGGUUUUCCUGGAAAAUGGUCAAACCGAAAUAUGACAGUUCUAUUACAUGUUCUGAACUCCCUGGCCGAGAAACUUGACCUUCGUUGUCCAGAAUAUUAUAGCCUUUGUACGGAACAUAUUAAAUCAAUAAGACGGAACAAGUUAACAAUUCUAGAUCCCAAAGAUACUUUAUCCAAAAUCGCUGCUCGACCUGGUGCUCACAAUUUAAGAUGUUUAUUCAGGAUGACCUUUGUGCCAAAAGAUACCAAUGAGUUAUUUAAAAAGGAUCCCAAUAGUUUUGAAUAUUUAUAUGGACAAUGUUGCAGUGAUGUAAUGAUGUAAUUCAGGAAAGAUUUACACCCGAAUUGAAAUAUGAAAUAGCCUUAAGGUUAUGUGCAUUACAACUUUAUCAACACGCUUUAGUCAAUGGAUUGGUUAAUAACCGAGUGAAAAGAGAAUCUAAAAGCAGUCGAAAAGGAAUAUGGUUUAGAACCCUUUGUGCCAUAUUCUUUGGCGGAAACGAUGAAACGUAAACAACUUCGAAAGUAUCUCAUUCAUUCCCUUAAACAGAAUCGAUCCCUGAUUCCAACGGGUCAGAAACAUUUGACCGAAGGACAAACCAAAAUUCAUUAUCUGACCAUCAUCAGUGAAUUGCCCUGUUAUGGAGCUAAAUUAUUCUCAACUAUAAUCCGUGAUUCAACCGCUGAUUUAGCAUUACUCAUAUCACCAAAAUAUGGUAUUAGUCAUGUUACCCAUGGACGUCAAUCAUCACCGAUAACCUUAGCCAAAAUAGAGGAUGUGACUAGUAUUCAAGUAACCAAAGACGAUGAUCUUAGUUUUACCGUUGAAAUACAAUUAAAAGGUACUGGUAGUUCAAUCGAAACCUCACCGUUACAUUUUGCUCUGGACGAGAAAGACGCUGAGGAGUUUACCUUGGUUCUAAAAGGUUAUCAUCAAUUAUUAACAAAAACUGGAGAUGAAAAUGAUUCCAAAGAGAUUCCCGUCUACUGGGAUGUGGGACCUUCAUGGUGGACUGAUUCAGCUCCAAGUUAUCAUGGUAAACAUUUGGUUAGAGUUGCCCCCUGGUCAUAUUCACAAUCAAUUGAUCCAAAUGAAUUUCGAAUGAUUGACUUUUCUCAACCACCGACAACAGCCAUGUCAUUAAGCCUCGAUGAAUCUAAUUAUGACAAUGGUUACGAAUCUAAUAAGGAUGACUGUGAUUACCUAAGCUCACUAAUAAUACCACCUCCACCAACAAGUUCACCCUCCUUUAAUCAAGAACUAGAUGAGAUAAUUGCGAGAUUUUGGAAAGCUACAGAUGAUGUGAGAAAAGUUUGUAACGAAUCUGAUUAGUCAAUCUUUUUGUCCUAUUUCAUUUUUUUGUUAAUCUUGUGUUUCUUCACACUCAUUGAGUAAAUUUUAUAAACUUUCAUCAAUAAAUAACUUUU